AUGUCAUUAGCCGGUCAGAUCGCCCUCGUCACUGGAGCUUCAAGAGGCAUUGGACGCGGUAUCGCCUUGCAGCUCGGACAGGCUGGUGCCACCGUCUACGUAACGGGCCGUCAGCCGAAGAACAGCGACGCGACGAAGCACGACAAAUAUGAACUCCCCUCCUUGGAGAAGACCGCACGGGAAAUCAACGAGCGCGGUGGAAAGGGAAUCGCGGUUUACUGUGACCACGGCGAUAUGGAGAACGUGAAGCAACUGUUCGAGCAAAUCGAUAAGGAAAAUGCGGGCCAAUUGGACAUUCUCGUCAACAAUGCAUAUUCGGCCGUCACGGCGAUUUUCGAUGGCACCGGCCAGAAGUUCUAUGAGCAGGCGCCGGAAGUUUGGGAUGAGGUCAACAACGUCGGCCUACGGAAUCACUACUACUGCACUGUUUAUGCGGCCAGGAUGAUGGUUAAACGUGAUAAAGGGCUCAUCGUCAAUAUCAGCUCGCCGGGAGGAUUGCGCUACCUCUUCAACAUUCCAUACGGCGUUGGCAAAGAAGCCCUUGAUCGCAUGUCGGCCGAUACGGCGAAGGAGCUGAAGGCUAAAAAGGUGACCGUGGUCAGUCUAUGGCCCGGAGCCGUCAAAACGGAAUUGGUCACCGGCAUGCAGAAGGAGGACACGAGUGGACGAAAUGCGCAGGUAGCGAAGAUGUUCGCCGAAGGUGAGACGAUCGAGUACCCGGGACUAGCCGUCGUCCACCUUGCCAACGAUCCGCAUCGGCUCAACCUCACCGGCUUCACCCUAGUGACGGCUGAUCUCGGCGACCGAUAUGGAUUUGUGGAUAUUGAUGGUCGCCGCCCGCCAAAUCUUCGCUCUGUCUCCCGGCUACUUUCAUAUGGCGGCUUCACGAAUCUCUCCGGCUGGGUCCCCGACUGGGUCCGACUCCCCGGAUGGUAUAUGUGGGCGGCGAAUUCGAGGUUG